UGGCACACCACUUCCCCACAGCUCCACAUAUUACUUUCUCAAGUGUAGCUUCUCUGAAUAGGCAUGUGCAUUAGAUCUUGAAAUUAAUAUUUAAUAUCAUUCUUCAAGUUUUCAUUUUUUUUUUUGCUUUUUAGGAUAUGGUUACGACAGCAAACAAUCUAUUGUACCAAAAUCUGUCUGCGUCCUGGAAUCUCACUACACGUGUAUACAAUCAAUCUACAGCUUCACGGUUGCUUGCAUCACUUGAAACCAUGUCUGGGAUAGGAGACGGAGGACAUAAUCCUCAACAAAAUUUUACAAAUGUGGACUUUCAAACAAGUCAAGUAUACCAAACCACUUCUGUCAUUACUUCUUUUGAUUGCAAUGUUACACUCUAUAGCCCAAUAACGAAUGGCUCCAACAUAACAAGCCUUUUAUUUAAGACACUCAGCCAGUUUUUGCCCCAAAAUAAUGAUUCCCUGUCAAAGUCUAAUCCUGUGAACAGUUUUAUUCAAACAAUUACUUCUACUAAAGACAGUAGGGCUGAAAUAUCGUUUCGGCUGCAAAAGAGAAGAAAUUCAAGUUAUCAAAUUUAUUGUGCGUACUGGGAUUUUACAAAAAACAACGGAAAUGGAGCAUGGUCAACCGAAGGAUGUGAAUGGAAGAAAUCAACGGUCAGUACUGAAAUAAUCACUUGUUCCUGCAAUCACACAUCCUCUUUUUCCGUGCUCAUGUCAAUAAAUCCCAUUACGGUACCAUACCUUGAUAUGAUCACUUACUGCGGCUUAGGCAUAUCCAUCUUCUGUCUUACUGCCUGCCUUUUUAUUGAAUACAUCAUCUGGAGUUCAGUGGUUAAGUCAAGUAUUUCUUUAUUUCGGCAUGUAGUCCUUGUCAACAUUUGCUUGUGUUUGUUGGUUGGCAACUGCUGUUUUUUAGCAACAUCGUUUAUCAACCAGUCAAGUAAAACCAACAUGUGCUUGGGGUUGGUCAUCACCAUGCAUUUUUGUUUUUUGGCCAUGUUUUUUUGGAUGCUCUGUCAAAGCCUAAUGCUACUUCAUCAGUUACUUUUUGUAUUCCACCAUCUAAGAAAGACAACAUAUAUUCAAAUUUCUUUCCUUUUUGGCUACAUCAUUCCUGCAGCUGUGGUCCUUGCCGCGUACUUCUAUUUUCAAGAUGAGUACGUUAAUUAUGACAUCUGCUGGCUGAAGUAUAGUGGGGAUCUCUCAGGGUCCAUCUAUUUUUUUGUUGUUCCUGCCUUGUCUAUUGUUGCUGCCAAUUACAUGACAAUGAUUAUUGUCAUCUUAAAAAUCAUGAGACCCAAAGUUUCCGACAGCAGUAAUAAGGAAUCAAAAGAGGUGGUUAAGGCGAUUCUGAAAGCGGUGAUUAUCUUGACUCCACUGUUUGGACUAACUUGGGCUUUAGGAUUCUUGACGAUGACAAUUGACCUCACUGUGGGGACUUUACCAGUGGUGAUUAAUUAUGCAUUUGUCAUAUUAAAUUCAUUGCAGGGCCUAUUCAUAUUCCUCAGUGGAUGUUUAACAGACAAAAAGGUUUUAGAAGCCCUUCAGAAAGAGAUAAACUGUUGGCAUUCCUUUGGAUCUGCAAAAGAACAUUCAGUCACUUCAAAAUCAUUGUCACUGAAGAAGUAACAUCCACAUAUACUUCAUAUAACCUGUUUCUGAUCAUUUGAAGAAAGCAAGAAGCAUCAUAAGAACCAGAUGACA